UGCGUCAAGUCGUCAAUUCUCAAUAGACACAGAAAUGGCAAAUCCCUCAUCUGCUUCUCCUGCUUCUCGGGAACCUCACGCACUGUCUUCCUCCGAUGGUGCCACUACGGCGAAACCUGGUGAGCGAUCUACGCCGUACGCAUCUAACGUUAUGCGUUUUCUAGAAAGCGUCGGGAUUUCCAAUCCCAUCCCGGACAAUUACAGUUCAGAAGACUUUUAUUCUGAUUUCUUAUGUAACCACCUCAAGACCGACGCUGUCCGACGUGGACACAUCACCUGCUUCACCACCGUCAAGCCCACUAUACUCAAUUCGAUGGGUGGGUUACACGGAGGGGUAGUUGCAGCAAUAUCGGAAAGAGUGGCGAUUGCGACAGCUAGAACGGUGGUGGGUGAGGAUAAAGAGCUUUUUCUUGGUGAAUUGGCCAUGUCUUAUCUCUCUCCUGCUACCAUAAACGCAGAGUUGAUUGUUGAUGGGUCUGUAGUGAGAAGAGGAAGAAAUACAACUGUAGUUGCGGUCGAGUUCAAAAUGAGGAAAACUGGGAAACUGAUCUAUAGUAGCCGUGCUACCUUCUAUAAUUCUCCCAUUGCCAAGCUAUGAACUUCCCCAUACUAGGUCGCUCUGCUGAUAACCAAACUCCUAUAAGACUUAUAGUUCUUUGUGUUGGUAUUGCCACGUCAAUAAUAAUCAUGUGUCAAUAAUCAAGAAAAAAUCUUGGUACUCUGUAAUUCUUGAUCAAAUAUAAUGUAGACCAAUAGGAAUAUAGAUUAAUGUGUCAAA